UGCGAAUUGGCCACGGACCACAGUAGGUCAAAACUUGAACUGGUCCAUUCACCAGUCUCUUGUCAACAUCCAUCUAGUACCUGGGCAGCGAUCAGUCUUCUCUAGGCAUCCUUAUUCGCAACACAAGCCGUGUUACUUUCAAUCUCCAAUCAUGCAAACACGGUCAUUCUCAAGGUUCAGUCCUUGGAAAGCGUGCUCAUCACGUCGACCAAAAGGCUGUCCCAUCAGCAACGACAAGCGACAUUGCAACGCUGUCGCAGCACAUGCUCACCCCAGAACAGAGCCCUAAAUCGAAACGUGCCCGUAUCUCGCUCUCUAGCGUGCAAGGAGACUCAAACAAGGAAAACGUACCUCCCUUCCGUAUUGAGACACGGAAUGACGUAGUAGUCGACACACCGCGUGCCAUACACACGUUAGUGAUAUCUACUCCCCCACCAACACCCCCAGUUUUGCUACUUCCUGUAUACACGCGUGCUCGAGGACUACUUCGUUCGACCAGCACAAGUGUAUCUCCUAUAGCUGGCCGAGAGGAUGAACGACAACGCAUUCUGGAGUUCAUCACCUCGUCGUGGUGCGACAGCACACACUCGUCCUUGUACAUCUCCGGUACACCUGGAACUGGAAAGACCGCGCUUGUCAACUCGGUCCUCCGUUCGUUCGAGGAGUCCGAAGGGACGUCCGAUCUGAGAGUUGUCUCUAUUAAUUGCAUGGCCUUGAAUGGGCUGGAUGCCCUAUGGGAUCGUCUCUACGAAGAGUUGUGCCGCACAGAGACUUCCAAGAAUGCCACGAAACCUUGCAAAGUCAAGGGCAAGCAAGCCGUCGAGAAAGCACUCUCUACUUUAAAUCAUAAGUGCAUUGUUGUGCUUGACGAGCUCGACCACAUUGCGUCUUCAAAUCAAACACUUUCGUCAAUUUUCUCCAUGUCUCAACAACAUCCGUCUACCCUCCGCAUCAUCGGAAUUGCAAACACACACACCCUUACAUCGUCCUUGGCGCAGUUGUCUACUUGUGAAGCUUCCAGCACUCUGACUCUUCACUUCGGAGCGUACUCUUCCCAACAACUUCUUCAAGUAUUGCAAUCGCGUCUCUCACCUCUCUACGACAAUCUGGAAUGCCCAGAAGCAACAGAACAAGCCAAAAAGUUCCUUCCUGCUUCAACAUUAACUCUCCUCACAAAAAAAAUUGCCUCGCAAACUGGCGACGUUCGAGCCUUGUUUGAGGUACUUCGGGGGGCAAUAGACCUGGCUGUCAUGGGUUCGAAGGUCCCAGAUGCAGAUGCAAAUCCUCUCACCACUCCACCUCUCAUCGUCAAACCGGAUCACAUCCUUGCAGCCCUCAAGGCGUAUCUACCUUCCACUGGUGGCGGUCGCUCCUCAUCUUCCUUGGCACUAUCCCCCACCAGCAAUGAGACCGUGUCCAAGGUCCGUAGUCUUGGCUUACAAGUCAGACUGGCUCUCCUAUGCAUACUUCUUGCAUCAAAGCGGAUGGAAGCCACUUUGUCUCUCUCUGCAUCCACCACUUCAACGCCUACCAAGUCCCCUGUGAAGCGCGCAGGCUCUGUCGUUUCUCAAAGGACUGCUGGGCUUGACGUUGCACAACUCCAUGCAUACUACUCAACUGUGCUCACACGUGCAGAUAACGACAUCUUCACUCCAGUUUCCAGAAGCGAGUUUUCAGACCUGAUAGGGAUGCUAGAGACCAUAGGACUCGUGGCGUCGAGGUCUGCCCGCAUGUCAACUGCCUCUCCGUCGAAGACUGGUCGUCGUGCAUUCAGUCGAGCUGCAUCGUUCGGUGGAGCAGCGAAGGGGGCUGCAGCAGGCCAAGACAUUAAGCUUGCGGAGACCAUUCGCGCGGAUGAAGUCCUGCGUGGGCUGGGUGUGACUGAUGGCUCAGCUGCCAGUGAUGUGCGUGAGGAGGAAGUCAGGGCUAUAUGGGCUAGGGAAUGUGGACGCAUCACACGAGAGUCGAAAACGAAGUCGGCGUCAGGCAUGGGCGGCGAUAAACCUUUCGAUGAAGCAUUUGAAGAUUAGAUUCGACUCAACACCACCUCCAAGCAAAUUCUCUUCGUUACCACAGUGCUACCAUGUAGCCAUUCAGACACAUUUUGCGUUAUUUGUUUCUUAUUACUAGUGUCUGUCUUUUUUAUGGUUAUGUCUUAUACGGUACGGGAACUCAUACUACGCAUCAUCUCAUGUAAUAUUAGAUAAAUCACUGCAUGCUGCAUUGUACCGCAACUAUUUUAUGAAUGCAAGUUCUUCCACCAUUCGUUGAUGUCGAGGCGUAAUAUAAGGUGGCGUAACGCCUCCACACCACCCGGGGCGUGGCGAAUAUCGCUUUGUUCCUGUAAUGCAAGCAAGAGUUCCUGGCGUUGCGAUGAUUUCAAAUCCUUCUCCAAUAAGACCUCUAAGACUUUGGC